CGAAAUCAAUAUAUUUUCUUCGCCCAAUUUCGUCCAGACAGUUUGCCGGUUCAUCGGGGGUAAUCUGUAUUUCACGAUUAUAGACAUGGUACAUUGGCAUCACCUUAUAGUAUUUAUACAUGCUUAGAGCUCGACAGCCGUCUCUCUCUGGCGGUAGCUCAGUUGGUUGGAGCCUGCACCGGAAUCGCUGGGCCGUAGGUUCCAGGGCCUAUAGCACGUGCAUUUUUCGCAACUGUUCCUGAACCCUGCCUGAGGUCUAAUAAAUGUGCAAAAAUUUCGACUUGAAAUUUUAAUCUAGUAGUACAUAUUCCCUUCAACAAUGGAGAUGGUUUCAGCUAUAGACUAAAUUUUGAUCAAGACAAGAAGGACGAAAUCUAUCAAUAUAUCUUAAAAGAACAUCUUUAAAGGAGUAAAAUUGCCAAAUUUGAUUGCAAAAUGUUUUAAAAUACGGAAAAUUUAGCCUUGUGAAAUUAGCACAUUUUGAGUAUUUUAGUAUCGAUAUCACGCCCGAAAGUGGUGCAUUUUCCGCGUGUAAUACGGCUAAAAUACUCAAAAUUUGUUGAUUUCGCAGGGCUAUAUUUUUCGUAUUUUACAACAUUUCGCAUCUAUUGUCGCAUUGUUUGGUCACAUUUUAUUCCCUUCUCGUUGGGAAUUACACCGGUUUAUAGUUGCCUAGUUCUCGCAAUAGAAAGAUGGUUUGCGGUGUUUCGUCCUGUUAUUUACAAACAAAAAUUCGGGAUGAGGAUGAUGCUCUAUAGGAGUUUGAAUCUCCUACAAUCCCACGUGUGGAACUGAGGUUAUCAAGAUUUUAAAACCAAACUUCAGUUGCAAUUUUACUAAUUUUAGGAUGCUCUUUUGAGCUAUAAUGUUAGAUUUCGUCCUUCUUGCAUGUCUAGAUAAAAAAUUAGCCGACAGCUGGAGUCAUCUAUUAUAUUUCACGAUUAUUCUUUAGACCUCGCUCAAAUACAAGAAAAUAAUAUAUCAGUUGUAUUUACGUCAAAAGAAAAGCUAUAUCAAUGUCAAUGACAAUGUAUCGAAAUAAUUCACAUUGUUUAAACGCAAACACAAAACAAAUUCCAUUUAAAUGGCCUCUCGUUGCCAAGUCACGCGGCUUUGCAACGUUGUCAAAUCCCUGUCAUCAAUUCACUCUACAUGCUCGGUAUAAAAACUGCCAACUCACAAACUAUCGUACACUCGCUUUUUCUCGCCGUCUGCCAAACAUCCUGAAGAUGGCUUCGCAAAAUUUUGUUCUGAAACUAAGCGUCUUAGCGCUGGCUACGUGUGUGGCCCAAGGAUUUUUCUUGGGAAGUGAAAAAGAAGGCACAUUUAUUCCUUUCGAAAAGCUUAAAGAUCUUGGAUUGUCAAGAGACCACAAAGUUUAUUCUCAUCUGGUUAUCCCACCUUGGAGUAGACCGUUUAAACUUGGUUAUUGCGAAAGUUGGGAAUGGCAUACCGAUCCGAAAUAUCGUGCUCAACGAUUGGCCAUUUGCAAGGAACUGUCUGAAGGUUAGUAUGUGAGCUUAUGUUAUCGCCUAACAACUUUUUAUCGUGAAUAGCUUUAUUAGUUUGAAACUGUUCUGUCUGUAGAGAUCCUGCAACUGUGUAAUUGGAAACUCCUACACUUUAAAAUCCAAAGUGUAUAUACCUUUUAAUAUUUAUAGUGGAUAGCUUUAUCAGUUCUAUAUAUCAGUAACUCUCCUCCUUAGAGAUCCACUCCAGCGAAGAUCAUUUCUUAUUGAUCCAGUGUUACUACAGAAGGAAACCUAAACUGACUUUAUUUAUACUGGAUAGUUCUAUCAGUUCUAAACUGUUCUUCCUAGAGGUCCAGUAAGGAUCAUCUCUUAUUGAUCCAGUUUUACUACAGGAGGAACCUAAACGAUAUCUAUCUUGUCUGACAACGGGCAUAAACGUUAUUUGAUCAGCCUCAGUCAAAAUGCUUGGCUGUCUUUAAAUACCGAUUGUGGUUAUUAUAAUUCUACCAUUUUAUCUGCGUUUUUUCAGGUACCCACGAAUGUGAUUCUCCGACUGGAUUUUGUGAUGACAAAUGUCCCUACACAAAUGCCAGUUAUCCUUUCUGGAGGUUACGUAAUUCCGCUGAAGUUCAAAUAGUCUGGACUGUGUCCAGUAUUCAAAUGUUUAGUUCGUCAAGUUCUAACAAGAAUUUGAUUGAAAACCCUACCAAGGCAUACGCCAGCAGUUACUUUGGCCCAGGUACGUUAUGUAGUUGUUGUUGAUGUUGAUACUGUUGUUGUUGUUGUUGUUGUUGUUGUUGUUGUUGUUGUUGUUGUUGUUGUUGUUGUACUGGUUGAUGUUAUUUUGUUGUUGUUGUUGUUGUUGUUGUUGUUGUUGUUGUUGUUGUUGUUGUUGUUGUUGUUGUUGUUGUUGUUGUUGUUGUACUGGUUGAUGCUAUUUUGUUGUUGUUGUUAUUGUUGUCGCUGUCACUGUCGCAGGUGAUGAUGGUAGUUGUUGGGACACUGGUGGUGAUGAUGAUGAUGAUACUAGUGGUCAGUAGUGAUGCUGGUGACGAUGAUUAUGCUAGUACGUACUUUUCUGAUCAUGUGAUUAGACUGGUGAUUAGACUUAUUGUGAUGGUCAGAUAUGCUAAUGAUGAUACUGAUGGUAAUGAUGAUGAUGGUGAUCAUGCCAAUUGUGAUGAUGUGAUUAUGGUGGUUGUGAUAGUAUAGUGAUCGUGAGUUGGUCGGCGUUGCUGAUGAUGGUGGUGAUACUGGUGGUAAUGAUGAUGGUGAUGAUGAUGAUGUUGUUGAUACUGGUGAUAAUCAUAUAUGAUGAUGAAGAUCGAUGGUCAUUAUGUUUGUUGUGAUGAUGUGAUUAUGCUUGUGGCGGUGGUGAUUGUCAGCGAUGCUGAUGAUGAUGGCGAUACUCACUGGUGAUAAUGAUGAUAAUGGUAAUCAUGCUUGUUGUGAUAAUAUUGUGGUAAUAUUGUGGUGAUAUUGGUUUGAUGAUGAUGAUGUUUAAAUUCUUGUGCGCAAAGCUUUACUGCUUUUGUGCUUUUAUCCAAGAAGAUGUUUUCACGCCCAAUUUCAAUUCUACCACUAAUUCAAGCAUUACUCCUUUGCAGGCUACUACCCCAGCAAUGCGUUCGACAACAACCCUGAAACAAUAUGGGUCUCUAAUGGUCAAGCACCUCCGGGAAUGCAAUGGCUUGCCUUCGAAUUCGACCAUCCCGUCUCGAUCGGCUCCAUCCGUAUUGCUUCGGAAAUCGACAAACCCGAGCGCGCGCCGACGGAAAUCUACGUCGAAGGAUCGUGUGAAAAAUAUUUCCGCACAUUCGAGACGAUGUGGGUAAUACGUAAUCCUAUGCAGAAGAGUGACAUCAGGGCACAUGGCGAAUUGAAACGACGUGACGCCGGCAAGCCACGAUUCCGACGAUUCCGUUAGGGACGAACAGUAAUAUAUUCAUUUAACUUUUAAGGUGAAACUUUCCGCAGAGAACAAAUACAUUCAGAUUUUAAAGCUUUCUUAUGUGAAAUUUUCUAAUUUUUUUUGUGACCUAUUUUAGACACGUCGAAUUUCUGUCCAAUUUUAUUGGAUAUGGAAAAUCAGCAAUAUCAAAAAGUUUCGAUGGAAAUUCGACGUAUAUUUUAACUUUUUAACCAAAACUGCUUUAGCCGAGCUGAAAAACUAUAUUAAAACAG